AUGGGCAAAUUGCCAAGAGAACUAAGCUCAAGGGAAGAGACCAUUAAAGAUGUGCCCUACUCUGAAAAUUCAUCAAAUAGGUUUUGGAAACUACUUUCGAGUGUUUCUAAACGUUUAGAUUCGCUAGGAGUAGAAUCAAGAGGUAUAGAGAGAAUCAAACCUUAUGAGAGAUCUACAAAUAAAACUAAGCAGCUUAUUUCAGUAUGUGGCUUAUGGCUCUCUGCAUGUGGCGGGUUAAGUUCGAUGUCUUCUUUUUAUUUGGGACCUCUCUUAUUUGAGCUAGGUUUGAAAAAUACCUUAAUUGCAGGCUUGAUUGGACAAGCGAUUGGAUGUGGUGUUGCUGCAUAUUGCUCAUUAAUGGGUCCAAGAUCUGGCUGUCGACAAAUGGUAAGCGCUAGGUUUUUAUUUGGUUGGUGGUUUGUAAAAUUGGUCGGUCUUGUGAGCAUCAUUGGGGUCUUGGGAUGGUCAGUGGUUAACUGUGUUGUGGGCGGCCAAAUCCUAGCAAGUAUUAGCGAUGGAAAACUUCCUCUUGUUGUUGGAAUCAUAAUUAUCGCUUGUGUUUCUUUACUAGUAGCAAUUGGUGGAAUUAAACAAUUAUUGAAGGUGGAAACUAUAUUAAGUUUACCCGUGAAUUUUGCAUUUCUACUCUUGUACAUCGUUGCUUCUAAGAAAUUUCACUAUUUGUCAAAUGCCAAUGUGCCAGGCAUCGACGCAGCUACUAUCAAGGGAAAUUGGCUUUCGUUCCUUUCACUUUCAUAUUCGGUAACUUCAACCUGGGGCUCAAUUGCAUCAGAUUACUAUAUUUUAUUUCCCGAAGAUACACCAGACGUUCAGGUUUUCUGCUUAACAUUCUUUGGUAUUCUUAUACCCACGACCUUUGUAGCUACUGCUGGUCUCUUAAUAGGAAAUGUCGCUCUUUCUUACGAGCCUUGGGGCACAGCAUAUGAAGAAUAUGGUAUGGGUGGCUUACUUAAUGCGGCCUUUCUACCCUGGGGUGGUGGAGGCAAGUUUUUAUUAAUCUUGAUAUUUUUGUCGUUGAUAUCCAACAAUAUUGUCAAUACUUAUUCCGCCGCUUUUAGUAUCCAGUUAUCUGCAAUUCCGCUUGCUAGAGUUCCAAGAUGGAUAUGGGCUUUUGUUGUAACUAUUGUAUACUUGGUAUGUGCAUUGGUUGGAAGGAACAAGUUCUCAACAAUUUUAGGUAACUUUUUGCCAAUGAUUGGUUAUUGGAUUUCAAUGUAUUUUAUAAUGCUCUUAGAAGAAAAUACAAUAUUCAGGACUGAUAGAUUCAUUCACUUAUACACUGCUGAGCUUCCAGAUGACGAGCCUAAUACUGAGCGAUACAUCUCAAAACUGAUUAGACGUACACAGCACUACAAUUUUGCAAUAUGGGAUAAAUACGGUAAACUAACUCAUGGUUAUGCUUCCACACUUUCAUUUAUCAUAGGUGCUACAGGUGCUGCGGUCGGAAUGUCACAAACUUAUUGGAUUGGUCCUAUUGCUCGUGCUGUAGGUGGUCAGUAUGGUGGUGAUAUUGCCAUGUGGCUAGUUAUGGGAUUCAGUGGGUUAUGCUUUCCUCCAUUAAGAUAUUUAGAGCUUAAACGGUAUGGUCGUUGA